CUAUCGUCGCCUCCAUCCGCCACCGCAACCCCCCGAAGGCAGCCGCGGCGGAAGAGGAACUAGGGAGAGAGAGAGACAGAGAGAGAGAGAUGGCGCGCGGCGUGGCGGCGAAGGGCGGGGCCGCCGGCGGGAAGAAGAAGGGGUCCGUCACCUUCGUCAUCGACUGCGCCAAGCCCGUCGACGACAAGAUCAUGGAGAUCGCGUCGCUCGAGAAGUUCCUGCAGGAGCGCAUCAAGGUCGCCGGCGGCAAGGCCGGGAACCUCGGCGAGUCCGUCACCGUCUCCCGCGACAAGACCAAGGUCACCGUCACCUCCGACGGGCCCUUCUCCAAGAGGUACUUGAAGUACUUGACCAAGAAGUACCUGAAGAAGUACAAUGUGCGUGACUGGCUCCGGGUGAUUGCAUCCAACAAGGACCGUAAUGUCUAUGAGCUCCGGUACUUCAACAUUGCAGAGAACGAGGGUGAAGAGGAGGAUUAGAUGCACUACCUUUUUUUUAUGCCUUGUGAACCUUUGAACUUGUUGGAACACUUGUAGUCACUGAAGAGAGGAGUUUUGAUGUUUAAUUAUCAAAUGUUUCCAUGUAUGGUUAAAACCUAUGCUUAGAUAAGCAAGUUGAAGAAUUAUUGGUUCUCACCCUUGCACUUGAGCACUGAUAUGUGCAUCUUGAGUGUUUU